UUAAUAAAAAAUCGCUAAUGAGCAGAAAUUAUAUUACCACAUGUCCUUGCCUCGCCUCAUUCGAUUAGCCACUCAGAACAAAUCGAUCUGCAAUGGAAAAUCCAUCCAUGCUCGGGUUAUUGUAUCCGGGCCGGAUCCAGAUGUCCAGAGCGGCAACCAUUUGCUCACAAUGUAUGCAAAACUCGGUAACAUUGAUUACGCCCAGAAACUGUUCGACGGAAUGCCUGUUAGAAACCUAGUCACUUGGACUUCACUUAUCUCCGCUUGUUCCCAAAUGGGCCUGUUGGAGAAGGCGUUGAAUUGCUUCAGAGAAAUGAUUCUUGAAGAUGGGAUCACUCCUAAUCAUUACACUUACGUUGCUGCUCUUUCGGCUUGUGCUCAUAUUAGGGCGCUGAGGAAUGGCAAAGAGAUACACGCGAGAAUAUUCAAGAUAGAAGAAACUGUUAAUAGCUUUGUGAAUAAUAGUUUAGUUAACUUUUAUGGGAAAUGCGGGUUGCUGAAGUCUGCAAGAUUAGUUUUUGAGACCAUUUCUGAGCCAAAUACUGUUAGUUGUGUUUCUUUGAUAACUAGCUACACACAAAGUGGGGAUAAUGAUGAGGGCUUGAGGAUUUUCUUGAGGUCUUUGAGGAUUGGGGUAAAAAUUAACGAGUUUACGUACGUGAGCAUCUUACAUGCUUGUGCUGCAUUGCUGAUUUUGGAUGUUGGAAAGCAAGUCCAAGCUCUGGCUGUCAAAUCUGGUGUUAGGAUUGAUCCAUAUGUUGUGACAUGCUUGAUUAAUCUUUAUGUAAAAUGUGGCGAUUUGGAGCACGCGAGUAGGGCGCUGAGAGAGGCAGAGAAGCCGAGUAUCACAGCUUGGACUGCGUUGAUUGGAGGCUGCGUGCAUCUUGGAAAAAGCAGAGAGGCUAUUGAUCUUUUCCAAGAGUUGAUUUCCGCCGGCUUGAAACCUAGUGAGCAGACAUUUGCUUGUGUGCUGGGAGCCUUUAGUAGGGAUGUUGAAAUUAAAGGAGGGAUGCAGCUCCAUUGCUUGAUUAUAAAGAUGGGAGUUAAGCCAUUUAUUUUUGUCUCGAAUGCGCUGCUUGACUAUUAUGCGAAACUCGGCUGCUUAUGUGAUUCCUUCAAAACAUUUUCUGAAAUGGAUACGUGUGAUAUUGUUAGUUGGAAUGCUUUAUUAGCUGGCUGCAUCAAUGCAAAAUCUUAUGAUAUAGCAAUCCGAGUUAUCCAGGGGAUGUUGUUGGAAGGGUUCGAACCUGAUACUUACACAUAUUCAAGUCUUUUGAGCAUUUGUGGCGAUCUGCCCGCAGCCGAGUGGGGGAAGCAAACUCACUGCUGCAUCAUUAAACCUAGAUUAGAUGCUAACGUGGUGGUUGGAAGUGCUUUAGUAGAUAUGUAUGCCAAGUGUGGGCGACUGAACGAUGCAAGAAAAGUUUUCGACACUCUCCCGAGAAAGAAUCUUGUUUCAUGGAAUGCCAUGAUUGGCGGCUAUGCUCAACAUGGAUUUGGCAGAGAAGCACUUGAAAUCUUUGGCAUUAUGCUGAGGAAUGGGGUCAAACCGGACGACAUCACAUACCUUGGAGUGCUGUCAUCAUGUGGACAUGUUGGAGCAACGGAGGAGGCAUUGCAUCAUUUUGGAUCAAUGACUAGAGAAUUUGGUAUUACACCAAGAACGGAUCAUUUGGCUUGCGUAGUCGGCCUGUUUGCUCGAAAAGGGAAGACAAAAGAGGCAUAUGAUUUCAUAAGAAAUUAUGGUGGUGCUUCCAAUAAAGUAGUGUGGAGAAGUCUUCUAUCUGGUUGUGUGAUUAACAGACAUUUGGAGCUGGCCAGGUAUGCUGCUGAGCAAAUCUUAUGCAUAGAUCCAAAGGAUACAUCAGCUCAUGUGAUGCUAUCGAAUAUCUAUGCUGAUUCUGAUAUGUGGAGUGAAGCAUCUGAAGUCCGAAAUCUUAUGGAGGAGAAGGCAAUGAAGAAGGAAGCUGGUUAUAGCUGGACUUAGUUGGAGAUCUGAACAUUAUGCAUGAAAUUUACCUCACUGCCACAUAUUCUUCAUUCCAUGCCCCCUAAUCCGAGGGCAACAGUCAAGCUUCAUCGGGUCUUUCUUUCAGGUGAGUGUAGUCUGCAAUAUCUUAAUGCAUUUUACAGAAAUAGCAUUUUCAGAGCCAUUUUGAUAUGUGAAUGUGAAUAACAACAAUAGUUUUAGUUACAAGUUGGAAUUAUUGUAAUUCUAACUUAGCUGUUGAUGAUUAUAAGUCACUUCAUUCAUUCAGCUACCUCUAAUUUUUUGUUUUUUCUUAAGUAAUUC